UAGCUUCGCAAGAGUGGGGGCAAGGCCUCUUAUAAGCUUUGAGGGUGAGGGGGGGCGUACCUGUUCCUCUUCACUCUCUUCUUCUCCUGCAUCAGCCUUCCCAUCAAUCUCCCUGACGAUGAAGUCUGUUGAGGAGAAGCCGACCGUGACAAACACGUCGCUCGACUUGGCUCGACCAAACGGCGACGACAUCGAGGCCGUCUCUUCCAAGGGCUCCUCCGCCCUGGCCGAGAAGACGGGACACGACGAUGGUGGCGAAGUCGACGACGAAGCAAAGCGGAAGCUCGACGCGCUGCACCUCGACCCGGACCAUGCCGAGCCAGCGACAAGGGAAGAACGACGGGCGACCCUGAGGAAGAUCGACAUGGUGAUGAUGCCCAUGAUGUGCCUCUCGGUCCUGCUCCAGUACCUCGACAAGAGCUCUCUUAACUAUGCCAACCUGCUUGGUAUCCAAAAAGAUCUCGGCCUUCAUGGCCAGCAGUACAGCUGGCUCGGCAGCAUCUUCUACAUCGGCUACCUGGCUGCAUCGCCCGUGCAUGGUUUUUUCAUGCAGAAGUUGCCCUUGACUCGCUACGUCGGCGUCUGCAUCAUCUUGUGGGGCACGACCCUCGCGCUGCACGCCACCUGCUUCAACUACGCCGGCCUUGUCGCCUGCCGCCUCUUUCUCGGCAUCUUUGAGGCGGCCCUGACGCCUGCCUUUAUCCUCAUCACCGGCCGUUUCUACCGCUCCAAGGAGCAAGUCGCUCGCACCAGUAUCUGGUUUAUGCAAAACGGCACGGCGCAGAUUCUCGGCGGCGCCAUCUCGUACGGUGUGCAAACCCAGCGGCCCAGCAGUCUCAAGGUCUGGCAGCAGCUCUACGUCAUCCUGGGCAUCAUCACCUUUUGCUAUGGCAUCGUCGUCUUCCUAGUCAUGCCCGAGAAGCCAGAGACGACUCGUCUGUUGACUCCACGGCAGCGCAUCGUCGCGCUGGAGCGGAUCCGCGAAAACAAGACGGGUCUCCACGACCGGACGUUUAAGCGAGCGCAGCUCUACGAGGCUCUCCUCGACGUCCGCCUCUAUCUCUUCUUCUUUGCCGUGGCGUCUUCCAACGUCUCCAACGGCGUCAGCUCCAACUUUAGCUCCGUCAUCAUCAAGGGCCUCGGCUUCGACAACAAAAAGGCCGCACUCGUCGGCAUGUCGACGGGCCUGGCGGAGAUUGUGGCCAUCAUUCUCGGCGUAAUUGUGACGCGGUACUCGGGCACCCGCGUCAUCCCGGGCGUCUUUUCCUUCAUCGUCGCCAUCGUCGGCGGGGCGAUGCUCAUUGGCGUCAAUGACAAGAUCACCAAGCUGGCCGGGUACAACCUCAUCUUCUUUUUCCCCGUCGCGAGCCCGCUGCUGUACAGUUGGCUCAGCAGCGCCGUGGCCGGCACAACCAAAAAGAUUGUCUUCAACGUCGUCCUGCAGCUCGGCUACUGCGCGGGUAAUAUUAUUGGGCCUCAGACGGCGCUGCAGCGAGAGGCGCCCGAAUUCACGACGGGCAAAAUCACAAUGCUCGUCAUGUUUGUCAUCUCGGCCUGCUGCCUCAGCGCAAUCGGCCUCGUCCACCUGCUCUGGAACCGGGCGAGGGACGCGCGGGGUGAGGGCGCAGACGACCCCAAGCUCGCCGAGCUCGCCGACCACACCGACAAGGAGCUUCGGUCGUUCAGGUACCCGUACUAGUCUCGCAUGUAUACUACCGCAUCGAAAAUAUCAC